AUGGCGCGUGUUCCUUUCAUCGGGAGACUCUUUUGGUUUGAGUACCUAGCGCUCCUCGGCUCUUUGAUUCUUGUUUUACUAGAGACGAUCAUUCACCUGAUCACUUGGUGUCUCCCGAGCCCAAUCAUCAAGUUCUGCUAUGAUCAAUCCAAGGCACUGUUCAAUGUCUUGAUUCCAACUGAAACCCGACAUAAGCGCACAAAAGAGGAGACCUUUGCUCUUUCAGUUGCGGAUGCAUCGGAUUUCACGGAGAUAUGCGCACUCUUUGGAUAUCAAGCAGAGGAUCACAUUGUGCAAACGAACGACGGCUAUCUCCUUGGGUUGCAUCGCCUAGCAUAUCGUAAGGGAGAAGAGCAUACUCGCGUCAACCAAGGCCCUGGUGGAGUCAAGAAGAAGGUUGUGUACCUUCACCAUGGACUGCUUAUGUCCAGCGAGGUGUGGGUGGCUUUGACAGACGAGCAGCGAUGUCUCCCCUUCCAGUUGGUGGAACGAGGAUACGAUGUAUGGCUAGGGAAUAAUCGUGGAAACAAGUACUCGAAGAAAUCGACUCGGGUUUCACCAGGGUCGAACGAGUUUUGGGACUUUUCUAUUGACCAGUUCGCAUUCUCCGAUAUUCCCAACAGCAUCGAGUACAUCCUCGAAGUGACCAGCCAGCCAUCGUUAUCGUACAUUGGGUUCUCACAAGGGACAGCUCAGGCAUUUGCUACCCUCGCUAUCCACCCAUUGCUCAAUGAGAAGAUCGACGUGUUCGUCGCGCUGGCACCCGCCAUGGCGCCUUCUGGCCUGCGUAAUCGCAUCGUGGAUUCACUGAUGAAAGCCUCUCCCAACUUUCUCUUCCUGUUGUUCGGUCGCCGCAGCAUCCUAUCAUCGACGACCAUGUGGCAAACAAUACUCUAUCCACCAAUCUACGUUCGCAUCAUCGACACCGCUCUUUCGGCUCUCUUCAACUGGAAAUGUCGAAACAUCAAGCGCACGCAGAAGCUAGCAGCCUACAUGCAUCUGUAUUCCUUCACCAGCACCAAGUCCGUCGUCCAUUGGUUCCAAAUCAUCCGCAACAAGAACUUCCAGUUCUACGAUGAUGAAGUGUAUGCCCCCUUUAGUGUCGUUGCCAGCGAACGCUUCUACAAGCCGGUCAAGUACCCAACCCGCAACAUCAAGACGCCCAUUGUUUUGUUGUACGGUGACAGUGACAGUCUGGUCGAUAUCAACGUCAUGUUACAGGGUCUGCCACAUGCCACGAUCGCCAAAGCGAUCCCGACCUACGAGCAUCUAGACUUUUUGUGGGCCUCCGACGUCGACCGCCAAGUGUUCGGUUAUGUUUUUAAGGCGCUGGAGACACACAGCAAGGACAUUGUAAGCGAAAGAAAUGGCGCAUGCUCGAAUGGAAGUCUCGAUGGGCGAGCCCCGAACACAUCCUCUCGAAGGAACAAUUUACCUAACGGCGUUGCAUACGGCGCCACCGUCUAG